UACAAAGUGGCCAAACGAAUGGGAAAGGGAUUGGGAUAUUUGUGAAGCUUCUGCUGCAGCCAUGCUGGGAAUACAAAGAGUUCCUGUCAAGUUCCCUGCUGCGAAAAUCUUGGGAGAAUUAACUGAUGGAGAGAUUGAAAGAAGUUUUGAGACUUCAAUGAAGCUAAGCGUGAAUUUUGCUCUUGAAGAACCAGUGUCCAAUUCAAUGAAGUCUCAAAAAAUGGGUCGCUGCUUAGCCUGUGGAAACUGUCUUGCUGGGUGUCCUUAUAAUGCCAAAAGUUCUACUGACAAAAAUUAUCUACUUUCAGCAAUCCAGGCAGGAUGUGAUGUGAAAACAGAAUGUCAGGUUCACUACGUGGUUAAAAACCCAUAUGAAAUUUCCCAAGAAUGCAGAAUUAGCAGAAAGAGAAGAAGAUGGCAUGUCUACUUGAAUGAGAUUGACUAUAUAACUGCUGAUUUUUUAGUCCUCUCAGCGGGAGUUUUCGGCACAACCGAGAUACUUUUCCAGUCACAAAUGAGAGGAUUGAAACUGUCAGAUUCACUUGGGUCUGGAUUCAGCUGUAAUGGAAACACUGUGGCCUAUCUUGCUGGAAGCCCUGCACCGUUGAGUUCAUAUGGAUUAAACAGAAAGCAGCUCUCGAAGAUACAUUUUCAAGAACGGCCAGGGCCAUCCAUCUCUUCAUCUUACACAUAUUCAUCGGGCUUCACAAUCCAGGGAGCUGUGCUUCCAACAGCAUAUCCUUACCUGCUGUUUAAAGGGAUCACAACUUACGGAUGGCCAACUGGCUUCUGGUUCUUUCAUGGGGUACUUGACAAGAUAAAACAUGUUACAAAUUUUAAAGCAAGCCAAGCAAUGGUACUUAAUGCAAUGGGAUAUGAUGACAACGACGGGAAAAUUACGUUUCACAAGGACAUGAAUAGAAUCUGCUUUAGUCCACCCAAUGAUCCUUUACUCCCAAGAAAACUCAAUGCCUUUCAAAAGCUCACUAAGAAAUUAGGAGGAAUCCUCUUCAUAUCAAGGUACCGAAGCACAUCAGUUCAUCAUUUAGGUGGGUGCAAUGCAUCAUCAGAUCAUUUAUGUGGUGUUUGUAACCCCAGUGGUCAGGUUUUUGACCCAGAAGGUCCUGCCACAGUACAUGCAGGUCUCUAUGUCUGCGAUGCUUCUCUAAUCCCAUGUUCUGUUGGCAUAAAUCCCUCUCUUACAAUCGCAACUGCAGCUGAAUACGUAAGCAAGCACCUUGUGAGGGAUGUUCUCAUGUACAAGAACAAUAAUAACGUUGAACUUCCUGUUAAAACUGAUCAUCAAAGUCCUCAUUCUACUCCCGAGAAGAAUACAAGGCGUGAUUGGAGAUCAAUGGUCAUCUUUAAAGAGACCAUGAGAGGUUAUAUUGGGGGUAUGCCAUCCACGGCUUAUUUGAAAAUGAAAAUGAACUCUCGAGAUAAGAAGGGCCUGGGUGAGUGGAAAUGGAGUAUAAGAGAAUGUCAUCAUCUUCUAAGAGGGAAAGUUGGUGGAUACGUGGAAUUUAAAGCCAUUGAGAAGGCCAAGUUACAUGUCUUAGAAGGGAAAAUAAAUCUGUGUAAAGUAGAUUGCAGAACUCCUUACACUCAGUAUAUGCAUUAUCAUCUUCUCCUAGUAGCUUCUUCUGGCUCAAGAUAUGUUCUUGAGGGGAAGAAGAUACUGAAUCCUUAUCUCUUUGCUUUAAAUGCUUGGCGGGAGACGACAACAUUGCAUGUGACAUUCAGGAAAGUUGUUAUGAACAAUUCAGGGGAAGACGAGAUGAAUCUCAAAGGCGAGUUUCAUAUCUCCAUGACUGAAAUUUUGAAGAGCUUGUUAAGCCUCGAAGGAAACAAUAGAGGAAGGCUCAUACACCUUUUAUUACGUACUCUUCUAAGAACCUAUAUCCUACAGAUACCGAGAGGGAGUCACAAGGACUUCACCAUAUCAGAUUCAUGCCUUAAACGUUAUCCAAGCAGCACCCUGCACGAAAUAAAAACAGAAGAUGGUUUUUUUAUCAGUUGCAGGCAAUGGAAGUGCACCCGAAUCCCAUUGACGCUAGAAGGACCAAAACAACGAAAACCAGUUCUCCUUCUAAAUGGGCAUUCUACUGAGAGUUAUUCAUUGCCUACAGAACCAAAUGAUUUAGUCAGAACUUUACUGGAAGAGGGGCAUGAAACAUGGCUACUGCAACCGAGAUUGCAUCCUCUGAAUCCUUCAAACUACUUCACGAUUGAAGAUAUUGGAAGAUUUGAUGUUCCAGCUGCGAUAAAUAAGAUCCUUGAACUACAUGGGCAGCACACAACUAUACAUGUCGUUGCACAUUGUGUUGGAGGCUUAGCCGUACAUAUAGCUUUAAUGGGGGGGCAUGUAUCUUCAGCCCAUAUAGCCUCCCUGUCAUGCACCAACUCUUCAAUGUUCUUCAAGCUUAAUGCUUCAUCAAUGUUCAAAAUGUGGCUUCCUCUGAUCCCACUAUCAAUGGUUAUACUAGGAAAGAACAAAAUCCUGCCUUUGUUGGAAACAUCAAAGGCCAGUAGGCGUCAUCGGCUCCUGCAAUAUAUUGCCCGCUGGAUACCACGGUGUGAAAGAUGCACCUGCAACGAAUGUGAGGUAUUUUCUGGCAUAUUUGGAAACACAUUCUGGCAUGAAAACAUAAGCCCCAGCAUGCACUACUGGUUGCACAAAGAAAGUUUGACAAGGCUUCCCAUGGCAACAUUUCCCCAUCUCAGAAAAAUAUGCAAGGCCGGUUUCAUCGUUGAUAACAAUGGCAACAACUCGUAUUUGAUCCAUCCUGAGAGAAUGGCCCUUCCUACCCUUUAUAUUUCUGGAGGACGGAGUCUCCUCGUGACUCCAGAGACUUCAUUUCUUGCUCACAAGUACAUGAAGUUACACCAGCCUGCAUUUAGACAUGAAAGAAUCGUUGUGGAGGGUUUUGGGCAUUCUGACCUAUUAAUUGGAGAGGAGUCGUAUGAGAAGGUUUUUCCUCACAUUCUGUCUCAUAUCAGAUCAUCAGCUGAAGGAGGAAAAAAUGGUGAAACCAUUGCCGAUGGAAGGAAGUACAGUAAAGAGUCCUUGGAGUGGGAAAAUGAUUCAUACGAAGAAUAUGGUGGAUUUAGGAGUUGGUUUCCUCCUUUAGCUGUCAUUUUGCUGUUUCUAUUCUUCUUUUUCUCAUCGUCUUGUUUCUAGC